GUAGGUAGUUGAUUCUUGUGUGUGUUGAGAGAACGCACAUGCCAAGCACAAAACUUGCCACAAUAGAAGAAGAUAUGGAGACUUCUUCUAAGCUCCCCCUUCAUAUCUGCCAUGUCCACAAGCUUUCAAUCUUCAUCAACCGGACACAUAUAUUCUUCCACUCUAUAGCUUUAGUCUUCUUGCUUUACUACAGAGCUUCUUUCUUCUUCUUCCAUGACACCACCAAAACCAAAGCAACCACCUUAGCAUGGCUUCUUGUGUUUGUCUCGGAAAUCCUCCUAUCCUUCGAGUGGCUCCUCAGCCAGUCUUUUCGAUGGCGUCCCGUUUCACGAAUCGCGUUCCCGGAGAGGCUACCUGGCGAUGAUAAGCUCCCAGCUGUUGAUGUGUUCAUCUGCACUGCAGAUCCGGAGAAGGAACCGACUGUUCGGGUGAUGAACACUGUGUUAUCUGCCAUGGCAAUGGACUAUCCUCCAGAUAAACUUCAUGUGUAUCUGUCUGAUGAUGGUGGUGCUGCUGUGACUUUGAAGGGUAUGACAGAGGCUAGGAGGUUUGCAAAGUGGUGGCUUCCAUUUUGUAGGAGGUAUGGGAUCAAGUGCAGGGCUCCGGAGGCUUAUUUCUCUGCAGAAGAGGAGGAUGCUGAUUUUGGCGGCAGCGAGUUCAUUCAAGACAGAGAAGAUAUUAAGGAGAAAUAUGAGGUGUUCAAGAAAAGAGUAAGAGAAAAAGCAACGGUUGGGGACACAAGGAGCAGACUGGGUCGAGAUCACCCUGCAGUGAUUGAGGUUAUACAAGAAGCAUCCAGUGAUGAUGCAAUUCGAGAGAAUGAAACCAAAAAUAUGCCUCUCCUUGUUUAUGUUUGUCGUGAGAAAAGGCAUUCUCAUCCUCACUAUUUUAAGGCUGGAGCGCUUAAUGUUCUACUACGGGUCUCUGGUGUGAUAAGCAAUUCUCCUUACAUAUUAGGGCUAGAUUGUGACAUGCAUUGCCAUGAUCCAAGCUCGGCUCGGCAAGCAAUGUGUUUCCAUCUUGACCCAAAGAUAUCACCCUCCCUAGCACUUGUUCAAUUCCCUCAAAAAUUUCACAAUAUCAGUAAUAAUGAUAUCUAUGACAGUCAGCUGAGGUCGAUAUUUUGGGUAUGGAUUCAAGGACAAAACUUCACUUUAGUUAUACAUGAAUUAAUAUAUUUAAUUAAAAAUUAUCCCCUAAAUAUAAUUAAAGAAAAUCAUACAUAUAUUUUAUGUGCAAUAAUAUAUCUGACAAUUUGUGUGUCCUUAUGUUCAAACUUCAUACAUGAAGAUGGGGAUCCCAUGAAACUUAGACAAUCUUUUGGUCCAUCCAAUGAGUUCAUCAAAUCCCUCCACCAAAAGAAAAAGCCUGAUAUGCUCAUCCACAGAAAGAAAGCAUUGCUAAAUGAAGCCCAACUUCUAGCCUCUUGUGCCUUCGAAAAUGGCACCGAAUGGGGGAAAGAGGUUGGUUUCAUGUAUGGGUCUGUGCUGGAAGAUUACUUCACAGGGUUUCGUUUGCAUUGCAAAGGUUGGAUUUCAGUGUAUUGUAAUCCACCAAGGCCACAGUUCUUGGGCAGUGGCACCACCAAUUUGGAUGACUUUUUAGUCCAAGGGACUAGAUGGACCUCUGGGUUGGUUGAUGUUGCUAUCUCCAAGUUUUGUCCUCUUAUAUAUGGCCCUUUGAAAACGUACACUUUCGUUCAAAGCAUGUGUUAUGCAGAACUUGCUCUUUUCCCCAUUUUGUAUUUCUUGCCAUUGUGGUGCUUUGCUACCAUACCUCAGCUCUGCCUACUCAAUGGCAUUCCUUUGUACCCAGAGGUCUCAAAUUCAUACUUCAUCGUAUUUUCGUUCGUAUUCCUAUCGUCGAUUUCAAAACAUUUAUACGAAGUUCUCUCAACGGGAUUUACAUUUCGACAUUGGAUAAAUGAGCAAAGGAUAUGGAUGAUGAAGUCAGUUACAUCUCACUUAUAUGGCAGUGUGGAUGCCUUCAUGAAGAAAAUUGGUAAGAGAGAAGCCAGUUUCUUCCCAACCAACAAAGUUGACGAUGUUGACCAACUCAAGCGUUACAAUAUGGGGGUAUUUGAUUUCCAAACAUCAAUAUUAUUUCUUGCUCCAAUGGCUGCUCUGGUGAUCUUGAACAUGGCUUCCUUUGCUGUUGGGAUUUCUAGAGUCAUCUUUUUGGGGGAGUUGGACAAAUUUUUCAUACAAGUUUUCAUACCUUUUUAUGUCAUUUUGAUGAACUACCCUAUCGUUGAAGGGAUGCUGAUAAGGAAAGACAGGGGUCGCAUUCCACCAUCAGUCACAUUACUCUCUGCCAUAGUUUCCUUGAUUUUCUAUUUUUUGGGUUAUAUUAUUUUCAUGUAGCAAUGCCGAUAGGGACAUGGGCGAUGUCCAUGAUAGUUCCAUUUUUCUGAGUUAAUAAUAUAGUUUGUUUGCUUUUAUUGUUCAAA